AUGGAACGAGAACAGCUGCAAGAGUUGGAGAAAAUCAUGCGCGAACCAACAACGACUGCAGAUGUGCUUCGUCCCGUGAAGACAAAAAGAACAGCUCCGUUAGUUGUUGAUGUAUGCCGUCAUUCAGAAAUGUUAAAUGAUAGCGUGGAGUCUAUAGAGUCAAUAGCAGAAUUACCUUCGAAAAGCAAUGUUGCCUCUGAAGAAGAUAUCAUAGAUUUGGACAAAGAAGUUGACCUGUUUGUCACCGUCAAUGUAGAUAACGAAGCGGGCAAACCCGGGCGCUUCAUGACCAUUCGUCGGGAUGAACCAUUUGAUAAGUUACGUCCAGUGUUUGCUAAGGAGUUGAAAUGCCAUCAACUCGAUGUUUUGAUUCAUGUUAACAAGGUGGAUGCUGGACCAGGUGAUACACCAGAUUCGAUGGGUCUUGAUUUACAGAAGUUAGCUGUGGUUAAUGUAUUCUCACUUAAAUCCGACUCCAAAUAUGAAGAAGACCUUGCAAACGAUCCAAAUUUUAUAGCAGUGAAGUGUAUUUUUGCAAAUGGCCGACCUCGCUGUGUGUACAUUAGUCUGACGGAGCCGUUCUCUAAUGCAAGGAAGCGCAUAGCAAAAGAAUUGAAGUUGACGAAGCCUAUAGAUAAUUUGGAUCGUUUGAUAGCGACGUGCUCAGUGAUAAAGACAACCCAGAAACUGUUGGUAUGGAAGCUGAUGACGUGA